UGCUGCUUAGAGUGGUGAUAAUCUUAUCAAGCUAUAUGAAUGUAAACUGUAGAACUGCUAUUGAUAUCCUCUUUGACAGACUACGCCACUUCUUUUCUAAAUGGUCUUCUUUUCUUCUACAAGGUUAUGGACGACACUAUUUGUCCCCACAGUUUGGAUCCUACACAACACUUUUAUGUCAUGCUGCUGGGCCAGAGAAACCAGCUACAGAACCAAAUUAAGAACCUCAACAAGAUCUCCCAGAGGAUCAAGAAACGAUACGAAAACUUUGUGAACAUCAAUAUCACUGGGAGCACCAUAAAUGUAGCAGGAAGCCUCGCAGCCCUUGUGGGACUGUCCUUAAGCCCUUUUACUUUGGGGUACUCUUUUUUGGCCAGUGUGGGGUUAGGGCUCACAGCAGCAGCAGGAACUUUCACAAUAUCUUCUAACAUCUUCACGGAGUGCUCUAAUACCAGAGAAGUGAGAAGAGUGAAGGAGAUUGCAAUCACCAGUCACAAUCUGAUGCGGGAGAUAAUGAACUGCCUUGACUUCUUACUCCGGAGACAGGACCCAUCAGACCCUAUCCUACUGCCAGCUGAGAAAAAGGCUUGCAACACUUUGUAUUCUUCUGUCCUCUGUGUCUCCCAAAAAAGUUUUCUGGUCCCAGAGUACACAAAAAAGUACACCAGAGAAAGCAAUAUUAUGCUGGAGGCAAUCGUCCGGGAGCUGACAAAAAGCCUCAAAGCCUGUGCAAGACCUAUGGAUGAGAUCUGUGAGCUUCUAGGAAGCAGAAAUGAAUGUCCGCUGAAGAUCAGUCAACUAAUGCCUUGGGAUUUGUGCAUUCAUACUUCUGUGUAGUAGCAAAGUGUUCCUUUGCAAAAGACCUGAGAUUUCCUUGAAAAAUAAUACCUGGGUCUAAGA